AUGCAGUUGCCUUUUGACAAGCAUGUAUGCCACGAAUUUUCAUUCCAAAAAAAACACAAUUAACGUACUUAUUAUAUAACUAAAAAGAAAAAUUCAACUCUACUUGCCACCAACACCAAAAAAAAAAUGGCAAAACGAAAAUUCACACCAAGAGACGAUAAUUCACAUUUUACCAGAGACUAAAAAAGUGGAAAAAAGAGAAAAAUUUCUUUAAAAAAAAAGAAGAGUGAAGAGAUAAAAGAAAAACCGCGUGUUAAAGCUAUGGUAAACUAAAACUAGAUCCAGAAAAGUGUGAUAUCUCUCUCCAUUAAAAGUUGCAUAUGAAGUACUCUUCAUCCUUGAUGCAACAUUCAGUGGUCAAACCUCGUAACGAUUACAACAUCACUGCUUUAUUCAAAGUUGGAAAAAGUAUAGAAUUUCAGAGAGAAAAUAAAAUAUAAUCGCCUAUAUCGAAAAUGACUCGCAAGUUGAGUAAAUUUUUAAUUCUUUUUGAUAAUACAAAUUUACUUUAUUUUCCGGGACAUUUCUUGUCUGGGAGGGUCCUCAUCGAAUUGGACGAUGAAGCAUAUGUUUCGGGUUUACAUUUUCACGUUAUCGGAGAAGGAGUAGUUAGAGUUCGAAGUCAUCGGUCCGAAAGGAUUUACGAUAAGGAAAAUUAUAUCGACUUUCGAAUGAGACUUUUGGGAGAUCCAGGUGAGGGACCGUCGAUACUGUCACCUGGAAUUCACAGUUUUCCUUUCAAGUUGGGAUUACCAUUAGGAUUACCAUCGACAUUUCUCGGCAAAAAUGGUUGGGUUCAGUAUUAUUGCAAGGCCGCGCUCAGGGAACCUGGCGGAUUGACUCACAAGAAUCAACAGGUGUUCAUUGUCAUGAAUCCAAUUGACUUGAAUCUUGAACCACCGAUUUUAGCCCAACCGGCAAGAUUAGAGGUUGAACAACGCGUAGGUGUAUCUUGUGUCUCGAGUGGACCUGUAUUCUGUAGAGUGAGCUUAGAUAGAGGUGGAUAUGUCCCUGGUGAAACUAUUGGUAUUUCAGCUACUGUCAGCAAUCGUAGCAAGGUGACAAUGAAGUCAACCAAAGCAUCGCUCACGGAAACAAUUCAAUAUUUAUGUAGGGGUAAAGUACUGGCGAGUGAAACUCGAGAACUCGCGAGUGUUUCCAGGGGGAAAAUUAGACCAGGAGAGGGUGAAGAGUGGUUGAAUGAACAAAUGUACGUUCCACCCCUGCCUCCAACGAACCUGAGAGGCUGUCAUUUAAUUAAUAUUCUUUAUCAUGUUUAUUUCGUUAUAAGUCCAAAGAGCCUGGAUAAGGAAAUAAAACUACAGAUUCCUAUUGUCCUUGCAACAUAUCCUCUGAGACAGGAGGGAGCCCCAGUGGGAACAGCUCCAUCGAAGAGAGGAGCUCAUUAUCCAUCGACUCUACCAAUUUUCAGACCUUGGCUCGAUGACAAGGCUUUUGAAAUUCAGGAAUAAAAAUUUUACAUAAAAACACACACACGACACUCGUAUAUUUACAUUUUUUUUUUAAAGUAAAACUUAAAGGACUUUCAGUUGUAUAAUAUUCUACAAAUACUAAAAGAAUUCAGCUUCGCAAUUUUAGAUAUUAACAGACAUUUUUUGUACUUUCCUCAUGGAGGGAGUAUUUUUCAAACUUAUAUAUAAUCAAUACACGAAACGAAAUCUUCACUGUAAAAAAAAUUUAUUUCAUUAAAAUAACCGAUCUGACUUUUGUCAAUUAAAUAUUUAUUUGAAUC